CUCAAGCGUGCCCGGCGCCUGCGCCGGAUCCCUCGGCCGGUAGUAGCGAUGUCUAGUCGAUCUAAACGGGAGUCUCGUGGUUCCACCCGCGGGAAGCGCGAGUCCGAGUGGCGGAGCAGCUCGGGUCGCGUGAAGCGGGAGCGAGAUCGGGAGCGGGAGCCCGAGGCGCCAGGCUCUCGGGGCAGCCCGGUGCGCGUGAAGCGAGAGGUCGAGCCGGCGAGCGUGCGCGAUGUCCCCGCGCCCCCAGUCCCGGCGGUGCGGGUGAAGCGGGAGCGCGAGGCCGACGAGGACUCGGAGCCCGAGCGGGAGGUGCGAGCGAAGAAUGGCCGUGUGGAUUCUGAGGACCGGAGGAGCCGCCACUGCCCAUACCUGGAUACCAUUAACAGGAGCGUGCUGGAUUUUGACUUUGAGAAACUGUGUUCUAUCUCCCUCUCGCAUAUCAAUGCAUACGCCUGUCUGGUGUGCGGCAAGUACUUUCAAGGCCGGGGCUUGAAGUCUCACGCCUACAUUCACAGCGUCCAGUUUAGCCACCAUGUCUUCUUGAACCUCCACACCCUCAAGUUUUACUGCCUUCCAGACAACUAUGAGAUCAUCGAUUCCUCACUGGAGGAUAUCACGUAUGUGUUGAAGCCUACUUUCACAAAGCAGCAGAUUGCAAACUUGGACAAGCAAGCCAAACUGUCCCGGGCAUAUGAUGGUACCACUUACCUACCGGGUAUCGUGGGACUGAAUAACAUAAAGGCCAACGACUAUGCCAAUGCUGUCCUUCAGGCUCUGUCUAAUGUUCCUCCCCUCCGGAACUACUUCCUGGAAGAAGAUAAUUAUAAGAACAUCAAGCGCCCCCCAGGGGAUAUCAUGUUCCUGCUGGUGCAGCGUUUUGGAGAGCUCAUGAGAAAGCUGUGGAACCCUCGGAAUUUUAAGGCGCACGUCUCUCCCCACGAGAUGCUUCAGGCUGUUGUCCUUUGUAGCAAAAAGACUUUUCAGAUCACCAAACAAGGGGAUGGCGUUGACUUCCUGUCUUGGUUUCUGAAUGCCCUGCACUCCGCUCUGGGGGGCACAAAGAAGAAAAAGAAGACGAUUGUGACCGAUGUUUUCCAAGGGUCCAUGAGGAUCUUCACUAAAAAGCUUCCCCAUCCUGACCUGCCAGCAGAGGAGAAAGAGCAGCUGCUCCAUAAUGACGAGUACCAGGAGACAAUGGUGGAGUCCACGUUUAUGUACCUGACGCUGGACCUCCCUACUGCCCCGCUCUACAAGGAUGAGAAGGAGCAGCUUAUUAUUCCCCAGGUGCCGCUCUUCAACAUCCUGGCCAAGUUCAACGGCAUCACGGAGAAGGAGUAUAAGACUUACAAAGAGAACUUCCUGAAGCGCUUCCAGCUCACCAAGCUGCCUCCAUAUCUAAUCUUUUGUAUCAAGAGAUUCACUAAGAACAACUUCUUUGUGGAGAAGAAUCCAACGAUUGUCAACUUCCCUAUUACAAACGUGGAUCUGAGAGAAUACUUGUCUGAAGAAGUGCAAGCAGUCCACAAGAACACCACCUAUGACCUCAUCGCCAACAUCGUGCACGACGGCAAGCCCUCCGAGGGCUCCUACCGCAUCCACGUGCUGCAUCACGGCACUGGCAAAUGGUACGAAUUACAAGACCUCCAGGUGACGGACAUCCUGCCCCAGAUGAUCACGCUGUCGGAGGCUUACAUUCAGAUUUGGAAAAGGAGGGAUAACGAUGAAGUCAACCAGCAGGGGGCUUGAAGGAGGCAUCCAGGGCUUCGGCAGGGCGCAGUAAGAAUACUGAAGCUGUCGCUGAGCACAGCCUGACUGCAGAUUGCCUGGCUCAGCCCUGUUUUUGUGGGUUCUGCCGACACCAGAGCACUAGAGGGGCCCAUCUGCCUGGGAUGGCCCUGUGCUGUCCCUGUUUUUCGAUCAGGUUAUUGUACAUCGACGUCCCUUUCUCCUUCCUGUCUGUCUCCCUUUUAGCUUCAGCACGCAAAACUUUUUCCAGACGGCCGUAAUUUAUUUCUGUGUAGACUGGCGUAUCUCAAGGGCAGACAGCGUCUUACAGACAUCAAGCCUUGGGGUUCUGGGAAUAAGAGUGUGAAGACAGUGACGUAAGUCGUCUAUUGUAGGAAGAUGAUUUUCUCUUUCCUUUCAUUUCUUGAUGUGUUUUUUGAAAUGGAUUAAACAUUCUCCUGUUCUUAAA